AAUGCUGUGACGUCAUUGUCAGAAAUGUUGGAUCAACGACGACAGCCAUCCACAGGGGCUAUUUCUAACGCUAACGUUGACGAUGAAAUGCGCCGGCUCUUCAGACCUGGAUCAGGUGCAUCAACGAGCGGCAGCAGUAGUACUCUGCCAGGAGCUAGUCUUAAUGCUAGCCAAGUGAUGCAACCCCGAUAUCAAACUCAGCAGUAUUUCGGUGGAUGGACUUCAAAGUCAAGGAAGAGGUCUACUACCCAGAAUCACCCUACCUUCAACAAGGAUGUUGUAUUGUUACCUCAUCCAGCAUGGAGUGAAGUUUGCAAGCAUAAAACCAGAAGAAGGCUUCAUGAAAGUGGCUGUAUUUUAAGUGCCUUUGAAAUGAGAAAAAUGUGGGACUGCAGGACGGUUAUUGCAGAGAUUAGGGAAGCAUUCAAGGACAGAAUUCCUGAGGAUGUUGGGUAUUGUUGAAAUAUUCUGAAUAUACAUGGGUUAAUUGACACAUAAUUGUUUUGAAAUUAAAUUUUUUCUUGUUUUUCCAUUUUUUCCCCAGUAUUGAACUUUUGAUGCCAUGUGGAAACAAAUUGGUUUCACCGAAGUUGCGCGAAGGACAGGAACUGAAUGGCUUUAUGAUUCACAAAGUAUUCAGAUCAAAGGCUGUGUACAUUAGACAAUCGACCAUCCUUCCAGUUCCUUUUAACAGUUCCGAUUCAGAGGACAGUUGUGUAGAAGUUGACACGUCAUCAGCGAAUGACCCAGCUACCACUACCAAUCAGACCAACAAUUUUAUGACUACAAGGGCUAGGGGAGCGCAACUUGCAUCAACACAGCAGGUUUCUAGGUAUCCUUUCACAAGGAGAGCCAGAGCGAACCAGCUCUCUGCAUCACAGCAAGGGUCCAGUGACACCAUGACCAGACCGAACCAGCUCUCUACAUCACAGCAAGGGUCCAGUGACACCAUGACCACACCAAACCAGCACUUGGAAAAUGUUGCCACUGUUAACCAGAUUCAAUCAGCCAGCAAUGAUGACUGUGCAACCUACCUUUCGAUCAUGGGUUCCAUCUCAGAUUUGUCUUCUGAUGACGAGGAAUUAAGCCAAGCUAUCAUGGCCAGUCUCGAGAGUCAUGUGACAUCUGAAUGCACUAACACUAAAUCAGCGCAGGAUGUACUCCUCAGUCUUGCAUCCCAAAUUGUCAGUAACCAAAAAUGCAGAUUCAACAUCAAUAGGUCCUCAGUACUGGAUGGUGCCAUGCGUGGCUUCAAACGACUGUCCUACAAUCCCUCGUACCAGAUGUGCAUCAAGUUUUCAGAUGACUUGGGAAUAGAUGAAGAGGCUGUGGACCUUGGUGGUCCUAGGAGGGAAUCUUUACGAUUGCUUAUGGAAGCCUUGAUACAGUCACCGAUGUUUGAAGGAAAGGAUGGCAAAAUGAAUUUGGGUCUGGACAGUUCUGCUUUAAGAGAAGAUCGCUAUUUCAUUGCUGGCCGAGCCAUUGCUGUAAGUCUUGUUCAUGGUGGUCCUCCUCCAGGAUUCUUGGCACCAACACUGUAUGCUUGCCUAGUUGGUGAAAAGUCCUCAAUAAAGCCUGUCUUGGAAGACAUUGCUGAUGCUGACCUGUAUGAGAAGGUUAAAAAGGUGUCAGAAUGUACAUCUUUGGAUGACCUGUUACACGCCACAGAACCACUGCAAGAUUACCUGGCAAAUGCUGGGUGCCUCAGGCCAUUAAAAUGCAUUGAAGACAGAGACCUACUUGUUCAAGACAUCCUCAUGUUUCAGGUGGUCCACAGAGUCUGCGGGGCACUUGAAAGGUCUGUGUCACACUAUUGUUUAUAA